AUGGCAGAUCAAACGAAUGAGAUUGACUUGGAUUCGGUCAUAGACCGACUUCUCGAGGUCCGCGGAAAUCGUCCAGGCAAAGCGGUCCAGCUACAGGAAUACGAGAUCAAAUAUCUGUGCACGAAGGCGAGAGAAAUUUUCAUCAGUCAGCCUAUACUGCUCGAGUUGGAAGCCCCCAUCAAAAUAUGCGGCGAUAUACACGGACAAUACUACGAUCUUCUACGACUUUUCGAAUACGGUGGAUUUCCACCAGAAGCAAAUUACCUCUUCCUUGGCGAUUACGUCGAUCGUGGUAAACAAUCCCUAGAGACCAUCUGUCUUUUACUCGCGUACAAGAUCAAAUAUCCCGAAAACUUUUUCAUCCUCCGCGGCAAUCACGAGUGUGCUUCCAUCAACCGUAUCUAUGGCUUUUACGACGAGUGUAAACGGAGGUAUAACAUCAAACUGUGGAAGACGUUCACCGAUUGUUUCAACUGUUUACCCAUCGCUGCCAUUAUCGACGAGAAGAUUUUCACCAUGCACGGAGGUUUGAGUCCAGACUUACAGACUAUGGAACAAAUUCGAAGAGUCAUGCGACCUACCGAUGUUCCGGAUACUGGUCUGCUCUGUGAUUUGCUGUGGUCAGACCCCGAUAAAGACAUUACCGGGUGGAGCGAGAAUGACAGAGGUGUCUCUUUCACAUUCGGACCUGACGUCGUGUCGCGCUUUUUGCAGAAACACGAUAUGGAUCUUAUCUGUCGAGCACAUCAGGUGGUGGAAGACGGUUACGAGUUCUUUGCCAAGCGUCAACUUGUCACCCUGUUCUCAGCUCCAAAUUACUGCGGAGAGUUUGACAAUGCCGGUGCCAUGAUGUCUGUCGAUGACACACUGCUAUGUUCCUUCCAGAUUCUCAAACCUGCCGAAAAGAAGACGAACCGAAACCCGUACGGGGCACCCGGCCGGCGUUAG